AUGACGGCCCUCACCCUGGAACUCUGCUGCACCUUGAUGGCAGACAGUUUUGAUACCUUACCAGACUCUCUGCUAUCAAGUGCUAAACCGUCUCCCCACUCAGGUGGGGUUGCAAAACAAGCUUUGUAUUCAAUAGCUCAAUGUACGGCUGUCCUUUGCCUUGCUGCUGGUGAUCAGCAAUGUUCAUCUAUUGUGAAAGCGCUAACUGAAAUUCUGAAAGAUGACAGCAGUACAAAUUCGGUUCUGCAUGAAAUUCUUGUUGGCGUUGGUUCGUCCUUUAGUACUGGACUCAUUGGUGGAUCCUUUCCCCAUGGUGAAGAUUGCAGCCUUGAGUUCAAGAAUAUGAAUGAUAUCUCAAAAUCUCCAAUUCUCUCGGACAAGCUGAGCUUCUCUGUGGCAGAUUACACGGAAGUUGAAAAUGAAGUUAAGAAUUCAAAGCUGCAUGAACACAUCUUUAUCGUGGGAAUACCAGGUUCAAGUCAUUGCGAUGUUUUUGCCUUUGCAACUAACCAUCAUUUAGUUACAUGA